GAAAAUUUCAAGAAACAUGCUUGUGGCGAGUUCUACGAAAACAUUCCGACUUUCUGGUCGAUGUUGCCAGUUUUCAUGGGGAAGUGAGAAAGAAUUUGCUCACCAUCAACGGUGAGAACUCAAUCCAUUGAUGUGGAAAUGAACAGACACCGUAGAUGUGACGUCUCAGCCUUCCUGAAGACAUCGGUGAGCCAACAAACUUCUAACUGUAAGAAAAACACUAAGGAAGGCGACCGUUUGUCAUGAGAAAAGAAGGCAAAGACUGAGGAUUUUAAAUGCCCGGAACCAGUUAUGAAUGCCCAUAUUAUGUGCUGGUUUACUCCCAAUUUUCCAAAUUUAUUCAGGGCCACCAAGAUGUGUGAUGAAUGCCUCAUUUUACAUCCUGAGAAUGGAGGAACUCUACAGCUCCUCCGUUCUCUUUUCCUGGCCGGAAAUGAGCAUGACUUCGUAGAGUAUUCUGAGCAUUUUAGGCCUCGUCACAGAGACCAGAAUAAAUGGAUUAUCAAAAUUUCCAUUCUUGUAUUAAAACUUUUCCAUUCUGUGGCUAAGCCCAUGGCCUGGGUUGGAUUUUGCAUUGAGUUUAUGUUGAAUCUUUUAUCGGACAAUGGAGGAUUUACAGGACUAAUUUGCAAGGUUCUAAAAGGGGAUGGCGUGAUAAAACCCAAGAGGGGCACAGAAAACUUCAUCAGCGCCAUUGGAUACUUGGAUGGCCGUCUGGAUUUAGACCAUAGUGCCGAAAAGAUUAUCAAAUCGGGAAGCAGAUAUUGCGCAGAUAUCUGUAUAAUGGCUUCAAAAUUGGCAUAUGAAAAUGAGUCUCUUAUCAAGAAUGUGGUCACCAAUCACUGGAAGAUGCAUUUCGUGGAGUUCUUCAGCUGCUGGAAUCAAUUCUUGAAAAAAAAAUCCACCCAUGCCUUCAUAUUCUGUGAUAAAGCAGAAAAUGCAGAACUGGUGGUGAUUGCAUUCAGAGGCACAGAACCAUUCGAUGCAAUCGACUGGAGCACUGACUUCGACAUCUCUUUGUAUAAAAUGGAACCAAUAGGGAGAACUCAUCUUGGAUUUCUUGAAGCAAUGGGCUUAGCAAAUCGUUCCAAUAAACAAGUUGCCCAAUUUCAUCUAAAACCCAAUACAAGCGAUGGGUUGCCAGACAAUGUCCCAGAAGACCAUGAAAAGCCUCUGGCUUACUAUGCCAUUAGAGAAAGAUUAGAAAAAUUGCUGGAGCAACACAAGGAUGCCAAGUAUAUUGUCACAGGGCACAGUCUGGGUGGUGCUCUUGCAGUAAUGUUUCCUACAAUACUACUUCUGCAUAACCGGAAAAAGCUCUUGGAAAAGCUGUUGGCAGUUUAUACAUUUGGGCAACCAAGAGUUGGUGAUGAACAGAUGGGAAAAUACAUGAAUAAAAACAUCAACGAACCUGAACCCAGGUACUACCGAGUAGUCUACAGCAAUGACCUGAUUCCCAGGUUGCCAUACGAUAAUAAAAUGUUCCUGUUCAAGCAUUUUGGAGCAUGCAUCUACUACAGUAGCUGCUACAAACAGAAAACAUUGAAGGAAGAACCCAACAGAAAUUUUUCUCUCUUAUACUACAUUCCAAAUUGCAUAAACGCAAUAUGGGAACUUAUACAGAGCUUCAUGAUUAGAUAUACAAAGGGAAAUGAUUUCAGAGAAGGGUGGUGUGGAAUAGUAUUUAGAUGCAUGGGGAUUGUUUUACCGGGCAUCUCGGCUCACAGCCCUGUCAACUACAUAAAUGCCAUUCGAUUGGGCCCACCUUCAUUUCAUGCGGCUGUUACAAACCGGAUUUCUGAGAGAAGUAUACAGAUGGACGGUGACCAGUACCACCAUCAUCAGAAUUAAUGCAUAAAUACAGAAUCUUUCUUUCAAUUUAAGAUGGCUGGGGGAUAAGAAUAAUAGCCCCCUGGUGUGACGCGUGCAAUUGUGCGUACACGUUAAGGUUGUGAUACAAAAGCAAGGAUUCUUUGUCGUUUUCACCGUCCUGUUUGCCUGGCUCGGUGUCGAAAAUAUCAUUUAUUUUUCAAGAUGCCAAUUAAUGAAGUGGCGUACUCUACUUUUAUUUAAGUUCUUUCCUCUCUCAUUUAAAAUCUAAAAUAGUAGCAGU